AUCCAGUUUGCAUACCUUAACGAAUCAUGCAAUAUGUGCUAUCAAUAAAGGAAAACAAUCGGUUCUAACAGUUUCAAUAUUUCUUCGAAUAAUAAUUAUUGUUUAUUUAUCUAUUCUCCUUCGGUCAGAAAAAGGAGAGGCAAAUGUCAUCCGCAUCGUCUUACACCUGGUGAUAUCGGGGAUUUUCGAAAUUUGUCAGUUAGUAAAAAUCUCAAAAAAUUGCACUUUCCACCAUCCAGUAAAGAGCACAAUGGAACCAUGCGUCAUUAUCUCUUUAGCCUUUUACGUGAUUUUUCAACAUACAUUUACCUUCAUGAAUGCGAAUCAGACUUUUUCUUCUCCACCUCCUUUUCCAUCGCCUCUACCGAACGUAACUUCUUGUUACCAUCCACUAUGUACACGUAUCAUCCAGGAAACACAGAGUCUGAUUACUCUGAUGCCCAUUCUUAACAGUACUCGACAAGCGAUUAAUGUGACCUGUCCUAAUCACUUCAUGCUCAUUGGUGGUUCGUUUCUUGAAUGCAUCGACGGUCAUUGGUCUCCGCCGUAUGAAUCACUUCACUGCGCAGCUCCUUGCACUACUUGGAACUUGACAUUGUCAGCACAGAUGAUUACCCAGCCGCCGCUACCAGAGACGGGAAUGGUUCGACAUAUGAGCUCAUUCUUAACAGAGUGUCAUGAACCUCCCCCACAACCUCGAGGCCAUCCACCACGGCAGGAAGGUCCUAGCAUUAUGUCGCUACUGACUAGACCUAAGGGAGAACUCUUCUGCUACGAUAGCGCAUGGUUCUUCCGUAGUCUCUUUAGGUGCGAGAAUGGUACAGGGAAUGUACCGAUGGCUAUGACGACAGAGGCAAUGACGACUGAGUUUAUGUCGACGAGUGUUUUCUCGACGGUUGGCAUUGAGGACUUGGAGCGUAAGAAUUGUACGGGCCAAGCAGACAGUGGUAAUAUUACUUCAGUUACAGCUGCAGAAAAUUCAAGAGUUCCCGCUUCGAUUGUCUACGCUCUCUCCGCACUCGCUUGCGUUCUCUUCCUCAUUGUCAUUGUGCUGUGUGUCGCCCUAUGUAGGUUACGAAGAAAUAACAAGGGUCCAAAGCGCAUGCAGAAAUCAGGAUUUAAGGAUCAACUGAGUAUCUUCCAAAAACCGACCCCAUUGAAUCGUCCGCCGAAGCUUCCCGAACGACCGAGCACUGUUGGUUCCGUGGGUUCCAUUCGGUACCAGGAACAUCAACCGCCAAAGUUACCAGGUCAGAAGAUAGCCGAAGAGGAAGCAGAGGCGAAAAGAAUCGAAGCCAUCCGAACAGAGAUCUAUGAACAAAUUGGGAAACGAAGCGAUUUGCCCGAAUAUAUUGACAUCUACCAAAUGAAGUAGCAAAAAUCUAUGGGUAUAAACGGAGGGCAGAUUUAAGAACAAUCAGAAAUAGGUAUAUAGGGGGUAUAUCUAUUUUUCCUUCCAGAAUCGAACAUGGUGUUGUCGCACUCCCUCUUCAAAAAGAAAUGGGGAAAAGGCACAUCAGGACGUUUCCCAGAGACUAGAGACACUCAAUUCGAUGUUUUAUAAAACCACCGAUUAACUUUCUACAGUGUCUGCGCUUCCAAAUAGGAGCUAGUAACAUUUCAUAUCCUUUCAAUUUGAAUAAAGCUAGUUGUUAGAGUUUGUUAUCAUACCUACUACGCCAGUGCUUUUUAUCAUUACUUAGUAACGUAAAGUAGAUGUUUGCAUAGAUAUUCCUCACUGACUGAUAAUGAUACCGAUAAAAAUGAUUCACGUAUACCUGUGUACUUCUUUAGUUCACAUUUUGGGUUUUCAUCCCAUAAUAUUUAGUUUCAAGAUAUUUGUUUCACUUUAUGGAAUUGUUUGCUUGCUUACCCGAGUUCUUCUUCAAUUUCCCCUGUUCAAGAUUUUUGGCAAAAUGUAUAAAACACAAGACGUCAAUAUCGAUGUUCGUCACACAUUUAGUAUGAAAUAAAACGUAUUGUAUAUUGUUACAUCGGUACAAUAUGCGACAUGUCCAAUAUGAAAAGUAUUAUCACUAUUAUUUAUUGUUAGUGAUGUUUGUUGCCCUCAUCAUUAUCAUCAUCAACAUCAUCAUCAUCUCAAUAUUAGUAUUAUCAACAUUUUUCCCCUCAUCGUACCCUUCAUUAAUAAUAGUAUCAUAAUUUCACUUUUGUUGUAUUAGCUGAUGCCAUGUUUUUAUAGCAGAAGCAGGAAGACGGAAAUAGAGGAGUGAUAGCAGUUUUUGUUCCGUAUUAAAAGUAGGUCUUAGAUUACCAUACUAGGUGUAGAUCGAUGAGUGCAAAUAAAUUUAAUUAUUUAUCCUCGACACAGAUUUUUUUUUGAAAACUAGAUUUCACGCUCUGUACGUCAAUCUGCAUUUUCCAAAUGAUAUAUCCAGUUGUUAGCCACUAGCCUUCAAUAUUUAUUAUUUAAAGGUUGUUUACUGCCAUACAAUAUUUUUCUGUGUAGAUAUCACUAUAAGCAUUAAAUUGAUAUUCGGAGUGUUGUGAUAGUUGUCGAAAGUACUUAUAUUUUCUUUUUUUAAUAAGAGCAUUCUUUAUCAGCGUUAUUAUCGUUUUUACACAUUAGACAUGCAAGAGGAGAUUGAUUUUCAAUAAAUGUUGUAUUAAUCUAGAC